GGCCGAGCGCGGGCGGCGGCGGCGGCGGCGCGCGCCGGCCUCCUCCUCCUCCUCCUCCUCCUCCGCCUCCCGCACUCGAGCAGCCGCCGCCGGCCGGACGGGCGCCGCUCCCGCCGCCUCCGCUCCGCCCGCUCGGCCGCGCCGCCCGCCCCUGCCUGGCAUGUCGGCAGCCGUGGCGUGCGUGGAUUACUUCGCCGCCGACGUGCUCAUGGCCAUCUCCUCAGGCGCCGUGGUGCACCGCGGGCGACCGGGCCCCGAGGGCGCGGGCCCGGCCGCUGGCCUGGAUGUGCGCGCGCCGCGCCGCGAGGCCGCCCCGCCCGGGCCCCCGGGGCCGCCGCCGCCGGCCCCCGCCGUCCCGGGCCCAGGCCCGGGCGCCGCCGCCGCCGCACCCCACCUGCUGGCCGCUAGCAUCCUGGCCGACCUGCGCGGCGGGCCCGGCGCCGCUCCGGGGGGCGCCUCGCCCGCCUCCUCUUCUUCGGCCGCCUCGUCCCCGUCCUCCGGCCGCGCCCCCGGCGCCGCGCCCGCCGCCGCCAAGAGCCACCGCUGUCCCUUCCCGGGCUGCGCCAAGGCGUACUACAAGUCCUCCCACCUCAAGUCGCACCUGCGGACGCACACAGGUGAGCGCCCCUUCGCUUGCGACUGGCCGGGCUGCGACAAGAAGUUCGCGCGCUCCGACGAGCUGGCCCGCCACCAUCGGACGCACACGGGCGAGAAGCGCUUCCCCUGCCCGCUCUGCUCCAAGCGCUUCACCCGCAGCGACCACCUGACCAAGCACGCGCGCCGCCACCCCGGCUUCCGGCCGGAACUGCUCCGGCGCCCGGGCGCCCGCAGCACCUCGCCCAGCGACUCGCUGCCCUGCAGCCUGGCGGGCAGCCCCGCGCCCAGCCCGGUGCCCAGCCCGGCCCCCGCCGGCCUGUAGAGCCCCAGUCCAGCCGCCCUGAGCGCGCCCCCGCUGGGCCUGGGCAUGGAGCACCAGCAACACGCCUACUGUCCCGGCCCGGGGCGGGGAACGGACUGACCGCCAGCCCGGCCCCUUCCAGUGUCCCCCUGAGGGCCCCCCAGAUGCCCUUGCCCCCUCGAGAAAACAAGGAGGGGUCUGAGACUGGACCGGGGUCAUCCGGGCCUUGGAGUUUGCUCUCGGGAGGGGUAGUGGCCCCGUGUCUGUAUAUAGCCAUGAUCGUUAACUCUCUUCCCAGCUGUUAAACAGGGACCCUGGGUGGGUGGCCAGGAGGCGUCCCCCUUCCCCCUUCGCCACCUCCCUGCUUUGAGGGACGUGUGGGCCUUGGGGGGAGGUGGCCCAGGAAAGGCACCCCCUAACCGGUGUUCACACUUGGUCCCCAGGCCCCUCUGUCCACGUUGGGAUGAAGUAUGCAAAGAGCCAUAGGUGAACCAGGGGUUACCACGGGCUGCCUCGUGUCCCCCCAUCCCCCGCCCCGGGAGCCCCUCACCCCCCCGAAAGCCAUUGGAGACGUUCAGGGAAACGGGGUGUGGCCCGGCCGCCCCCUUCGGGUACUCAAUCUCAGGUGUCCACAGGUUCUGCCCCACUGCUCACGGGAGGGGCCCCUCAGCUCCCCAGCCUCGAGGGCUGGGUGGGUGGGGACGGGGGAGGUCGUAGGGUUUCCAUAGGGGUACCGGUUUUGCUU